AUGGUGAAGGCUUCCUCCAUAACAGUGUGCUUGCUUCUCCUCCUUGUUGUGGCACAUGGUUUGCGAGAUGGAGUUAAAAGUGGGAAAUUUGAACAUGCAAAGAAGGUUUCGUCCCCUUCCCCGUCGUCAGAAGUCUAUCAUCUAGAAUGUGAAUCUAGUAGCCAGUGCUAUGGUUGCAAUCCUCCUAACUGCAAUAAUUGUAUAGAUGGAACUUGUGCUUGUUACUGCUGA